CAACACCACCUACACCUACGUAUUGGCCUUAUUGCUUACGACGUAUUUAUACAUAUAUGGAAAGAUCCUGUGUCCUUCCCUACAUAUAAAGAUUCUGUUUUUCCAGUUUUUUUUUUUUGUUUUUUUUUCUGAAUCAGAUCCUUAUUCUUGACCCCUUUCGAUCAGAUUCAUGGCAACGACUCAAUCACACACCUCAGAUCUUACUUCUGAGGAGCAACCUGCUAGUCUGGACAUCAUGAAGGAACAGCCUGUUCCGGCAAACAACGAGACAUCAGCCUCUUUUAAGUCCUCCCAGGAAGCUGCUGUUGUAGUUCAUCCAGCAAAAGUUGCUCCACUGACUGGACCUUAUGGUUUAUCAGGUGAUUUUGCCGGACACUUACCUAGCAGCAUCCUCUCUCCUCAAGCACAAGGCUUUUACUAUAGAGGUUAUGAAAACCCCUCUGGCGAAUGGGACGAAUAUUCUUCGUAUGUCAAUGUUGAAGGGUUGGACAUCACAUCUCCUGUUGGCUUCAAUGAGAAUGCUUCUCUGGUCUACCAAACGGGAUACGGAUAUAACCCUCAAAUGCCAUAUGGGCCAUAUUCCCCUGCUGCAAGUCCCUUACCUUCUGAGGGGCAGUUGUAUUCGCCACAGCAGUUUCCGUUUUCGGGGGCAUCACCGUAUUACCAGCAGGUAGUUCCUCCUAGCAUGCAAUAUAUUACUUCUCCAACUCAGCCCGAGCUCACCAGCCUUGUCGGUGUUGACCAACAAGGUGAUAACAUUGGACCACGCCCCUCCUACCAUCCUCAUCCCAUUGGACCGUUUAAUGGAAAUCAGCCAAACCUUGGUUUUCCUGAAUGGCAGCAAGGUUUUGACGGGGGGAUGUGGUCAGAUUGGUCCAAGCCUUCUGAUAUGCACAGGCAUUCUUCUUCUAUUUCACCAGCUUUAUCUCCUCAGCCACUUGGCUCAUUUGGAUCAUUUGGCCAGAACGUUCCCAUGGGAUCACAGCGACAAAGAUCAUUUUACGGUUUUGGAUCUGGUUCGAACUCUUAUAACAGAGGUUACAUGCAUAGUGGUGGUCGUGGCCAAGGCUCUAACUAUGGAACUAGACUAAUUUCUAAUGUGGGUAUGGGAAACCAAGGCUGGAUGGGGGUUGACAACACUAGAGGGCGUGGAAGGGUUAGCGAUCUAUCUCUGAGUGGUGGCUAUAAUGGUACCUUUGAUAUCCUGAACGAGCAAAAUCGAGGACCAAGGGCUUCAAAGCCCAAGACUCAGGUCUCAGAGGAGCUUGAUUCUGCUGCUGAUUCUAAGAAAAAUAACAAAGGCAGUGCAACGGAACACGAGGAAUCCAACAACAGUUCGGAUUUUAUCACCGACUACGAUAACGCCAAGUUGUUCAUCAUCAAGUCUUACAGUGAAGACAAUGUUCACAAGAGCAUUAAAUACAAUGUGUGGGCUAGCACCCCUAAUGGCAACAAAAAGCUUGACGCUGCUUAUCGUGAGGCCAAGGACGAGAAAGAACCCUGCCCAGUGUUUCUUCUGUUCUCUGUAAAUGCGAGUUCUCAAUUCUGUGGUGUAGCGGAGAUGGUUGGACCUGUUGAUUUUGAGAAGAGCUUUGAUUACUGGCAACAAGACAAAUGGAGUGGGCAGUUCCCAGUGAAGUGGCACAUUAUCAAAGAUGUUCCAAACAGUCAGUUCCGCCACAUUAUAUUGGAAAACAAUGACAAUAAGCCUGUGACGAAUAGUCGAGACACCCAAGAAGUAAAACUGGAACAUGGCAUCGAGAUGCUGAAGAUCUUCAAGAACUACGACGCUGACACGUCAAUCUUGGAUGAUUUCGGGUUUUAUGAAGAGCGGGAGAAAAUUAUACAGGACCGGAAGGCAAGAAGACAGCCAAGCUUGCCGUCGGUAGGAGUGGUAGCAGGAGAAACAGAACAUAAACCUGCAUCUGCUGCAUUGCCAACAGAGUUCAUCAAGAACAUGUCCAAAAGUUUUGCACAAGUUGUCCGCGUGGACGAGGGGAGCAAAGAAGCAAGCAAGGCCAGUUCAUCUCCAGAUGCAAUUACAGCAGUCUCUUCCGGUCAAUCCAACUAGUAAGUAAAAGACAUGAAAUUAGCAAAGACUUAUGUUUUCAAUUCCAUAAUAUAUGAUAUUUUGUUUGUUCUAAGAAGGUAUUCAAAUGAAAGUUUUACGUCUGACCGGGUCUGGUUUUUGUGUAAAGUAAAGCUUCUUUUUUUUUUGCCCUUUUCUGCUUCCGGGGUCUUUAGCUAAAUUUGAUUCAUUUCCCUCUUUUCAAUGUUUUCUAUAUAAUACCCUCACUCUUCUGGGUUUGAUUAGAAGAAGAAGAUGAAGAUAAUGUACGAAAGACAAUAUAAUGUUGCUCUUGUAAAGGAAAUGCCUCAUUUAUCUUUGCAGGCAGUUUUUUUUAUUAUGAAUAAAAAUGCAGAUUACACCCA